AUGCAACGUUCUCUUCUCUUUUCGGCACGCCGCCGUGGUCCAGCGACGGGCAUGCGGUUCUUCUCUGCGAGCGCGUCCCGACCAGCCAUCAACAAGAUCGUCUCCUCCGCACAAGAAGCUAUCAAGGACAUGAAGUCCGAUACCACCGUAUUGGUUGGUGGAUUCGGCUUUUCAGGAGUCCCAAACACCCUCAUCAAUGCUCUGCGCGAUCGAAGCGACCUCAAAAACUUUACGGUUGUGAGCAAUAAUGCUGGUAUGCCGGGUGUCGGGCUGGGCCAGCUCCUGGAGACGAAGCAGAUUGGAACGAUGAUUGCGAGUUACAUUGGAGAUAACAAGGUGUUUGAGCAGAUGUAUCUCAAGGGGCAAUUGAGUCUGCAAUUGACUCCUCAGGGCACGAUUGCGGAGAAGUGUGCUGCUGGUGCUGCGGGUGUGCCCGCUUUCUACACGCCGGCGGCUUAUGGAACGAUAGUACAAACCGGCGAACUCCCAGUGCGAUACAACACCGACGGCACUAUCGCGAAGAUGGCCCCUCCCAAAGAAACCCGCGAGUUCAAUGGCAAAUCCUACGUCAUGGAAGAAGCCAUUUUUGGCGACUACGCCUUCGUCAAAGUCGCGAAAGCCGAUCGUCUCGGCAACUGUCAAUUCCGCAAAGCACAAAACAACUUCAACGAGGCGAUGGGCAAGAACGCGAAGAUGACAAUUGUCGAAGCAGAUGAGAUUGUUGAGGAUGGAGAGAUUGCACCAGAAGACAUCCAUCUCCAGGGCAUAUACGUGAAGAGGGUGAUCAAGAGCACAGUCGGCAAGGAGAUCGAGAGGAAGGUGUUCUGGAAGAGUCCAGAGGAGCAGAAGAAGGCGCUUUUGGAAGGUGGUUCAACCGAAGCAUCACAAAAGCGUGAGCGCAUCAUUAAGCGCGCGGCUCAAGAACUAAAGGAUGGCAUGUAUGUCAACCUUGGCAUUGGCAUGCCGCUAGCAGCGCCUGCGUUUCUACCCGAGGGAACUGAAAUCGUACUGGAGUCAGAGAACGGUAUCUUGGGCAUGGGCCGGUAUCCCAAGCCUGGCGAGGAAGAUCCUGACCUUAUCAACGCCGGAAAAGAGACUGUUACUCUGAUCAAGGGCGCAUCUACGUUCGGUAGCCACGAGUCCUUUGGCAUGAUCCGAUCAGGGCGGAUAGACGUCGCCAUGCUGGGCGCUAUGCAAGUCAACCAAUACGGAGAUCUUGCAAACUUUAUGCUUCCCGGAAAAGUAAAGGGCAUUGGUGGUGCCAUGGACCUCGUUGCGAACCCCACACAGACCAAAGUCGUCAUCACUAUGGAACACGUCGACAAGAAGGGCAACCCCAAGAUCUUGAACCAAUGCACAUUCCCUCUCACUGGACAGAAGUGUGUAAGCACUAUCAUUACUGACUUGGCAGUAUUUGACUGCGAUCGCGUUGAAGGGUUGACGCUGAAGGAGUAUGCAAAGGGCGUUACCGUGGAUGAGAUCCGGAGUAAGACAGAAGCGCCAUUCAAAGUUAGCGAGGACCUGAAGGAGAUGAGCGUGUAG